AUGUCCUCCUCCGGUAGAGGCGGCCGCCACAGGAGAAACCGGAACACGGCUUCUCAUCCCACGGCCUCCCCGAACGACGAUCACCUCGGAAAACCCAGUCUUGAUCGGCAUAACACACCAUCCACUCCCGAGCCCAAUUCGAGUUCGAACCAAAACAACCGAGGAGGGCGGCGCGCUCAAUUUCGGAGGAAUUCGAGGUGGGCCCCGAGGAAUCGAGGUGGAAAAUCUCAAUUCGUGAACAAGUCCGAAGAGGAAAAAAUAGGAGGGGAUGAGGAUGAGGCGGAGUGUUCUAUCUCAAGCUCGCAAAUUUAUUCGGAUGCUGCUGGUGAAGUGAAGGUUGAAGAGUCGGAUUCGGUUGGAGGGUCCGGUUCGGGUUUGGAUGUCGGUGCCGAUAAUGGUGAAGCUGAGGGAUACAGAGCUGAAUGUGAAAGGGGACAGGAAAUUAAUGAAAAAUUGGAUUCGGGUAAUGAGGAUGAGACUCUGAAAAGAUUGAAAGAGCUGAGUCUGAGUGUUGAAGAGCCCGAGUUGGAUGAGGAAUUACUGGCCAUUAAUCAACAGCUGCAGGAAGAUGAGCUGUUGGCAAUGGAGUCUAUUUAUGGAGAAAAACUCUACAUUCUAGAGAACCAGGGUGGAUUAAAGCGUUUUCAGGUUCAUAUUCAUGUCGAAGUGCCCCAGGGAUUGGGCAUCACCACAAAGUUUAACAACUCGGGUUUCGUUGAGAAGGGGAGUGAAGAUAUUUCCGAUUUCUCGUACACAUUUCAAGUGGAAUAUCUGCCACCAAUCAUAUUGACUUGUUUAUUACCUAAAUCCUACCCGAGCAAAUGUGCCCCCCAAUUCACAAUAUAUGUCCAGUGGUUGGAACAUUCUAGAAUAUCUCGUCUCUGUAGUGAGCUCGAUUCGAUUUGGGCUCGAAAUUCCGGGCAGGAGGUGAUAUACCAAUGGGUGGAUUGGUUGCAUAAUUGUACACUCUCUUAUCUUGGUUUUGAUAGUGAGAUACUUCUUGGACCCUAUGGUGUAAGAUAUAAUGAUGAUCGACAAGAAGAGAUGAGGGCAAUUUCCGGAAGUGCCUCCCCUAAUAUUGAUAUUCCUACUCUCAAGAGUUACAAUGAUGAAAAGUUGUAUGAGUUUUUUUGCAGAAACAUCCAAGAAUGCAGCAUUUGUCUCAGCGAGUUUGCUGGUUCGGAGUUCAUUAAGCUGCCAUGUCAGCACUUCUUUUGUGAGAAAUGCUUGAAAAGUUUUACCAGCAUUAAUGUGAUGGAUGGAACAGUAUUCAAGAUCAAAUGCCCCGAAUCAAAAUGUGAUGGCAUUAUUCCUCCUGGUUUGAUUAAACGGUUAUUGGAAGAGAAGGAGUUUGAACGAUGGGAAUCAUUGUUAUUGGAGAAAACAUUGGAAUCCAUGAAAGAUGUGGUUUACUGUCCAAGAUGUGAAACGGGCUGUUUGGAAGAUAAGGAUCAUCUUGCUCAAUGCUCAAAGUGUUAUUACAGCUUUUGUUCACUCUGUAUGGAUAAACGUCAUGUUGGGGAUGAAUGCAUGACACCUGAAAUCAAGUUGAAGGUUCUAGCGGAGCGACAAAAAGCAUCGUCAAUGGGAUCAGAUCAAAGGCGGCGCGAACAGGCAAUGAUCAAUGACUUGCUUAGUCUCAAGGAGAUUUUCGCCUCCACAAAACGAUGCCCAAAUUGUAACUUAGCUAUAGUUCGAAGUGAAGGUUGCAAUAAAAUGAUUUGUAAUAAUUGUGGCCAAUAUUUCUGCUACCGUUGUAGUAAAGCCAUAUCCGGAUAUGACCAUUUCAGGGAUGGGAGCUGUGAACUUUUCCCGGAAGAAGAAAUUCAGAGGUGGAAUGAAAGGAUGAAUGUUAACGUGCCUGCACAGAUGGCCAUAUUUCACCCUAACUUUGCUGCUCAUCCUUGCCCUUUGUGUGGACAACACAAUAUCAAGAUGGGGAAUAACAACCACAUACGGUGUUGGGCGUGCCAAAGCCAUUACUGCUACCUGUGCAAUAAGAGAGUAAGGCGAAGCUCAGAACAUUUUGGUCCCAAGGGCUGCAAGCAACACUCGGCUGGAUAG